AUGACACUUACCCUUGUUGGAAAGUUCUCCAAGCCUAGACCCAAUAUUGACUCAGUGAGGAUUUUUGUGAAGAUUAAAGGGCAAGUUGAGGUUUCGGCCCUCCCUCGAGGUUUUUUCUCCUUUGUGUUCUCAUGCGUUGAGGAUAUUACUACUAUUAUUUGUGGUGGCCCUUGGAUUAUGGGGAGGUCCUCUUUAAUCCUUAAGAAGUGGAGUCCAAAUAUGGACAUGUAUGAUGCUUUUUUUGCAACCAUUCUUGUCUGGGUCAAGUUGCCCAGACUUCCUCUGGAAUAUUGGCAUGAAGAUAUUUUCAAGGGCAUUGUUGGAGUGUUUGGUGAACUUCUAUCCAUUGAUCCUAUGAUGGCUGAUAGAAAAAGAAUGGUCUAUGCUAGGAUUUGUGUGGGGGUGUCUAGAUCUAAGGAUCUUCCUUCAUCAGUUGAGCUGGUAUCGAAGUUGGGAACAUUAGUUCAAACUAUUGAGUUUGAAUCGUUACCUUUUGUUUGCUUCUUGUGCAGAAAGGCAGGCCACUGGGCAAAGAAAUUCCCUCAGAAUACUAAGAUAGAUUCUAACAAAGGACAUAUUGUCUGGAAACCCAAACUUGUGGACACAGAAGUUCAGAAUAAGAAUGGUGAUUCUGUGCACUAG